AUGGAAGAUGAAUUGAAGGUUCAUGCUAGAUUUCAUCUGUUAUUGUGGAAAAUAAUCUGGGAUAUUCUGCCUACUAGGGCUCGAUUGUCGGGUAUUUUGUAUAUUCCAGAGGAACAGCAGCUUUGUCCUAUUUGUAAUCUUGAAAGGGAAACUUUGGAUCACCUCAUGUUUGGAUGCUUGAUUUCUCUCUUGGUUUGGAGCAAUUCUAGAUGGAUCACGAAUGUGCCUACCUUGGUUCAUGGAGGAAGGGCGGAUUGGGUUAAGGUGUUGAUGAAUCCCAAUCUGAUUGGUAUUUCUAGAGAGGAUUGUCAAGCUUUUCAAUUGUUGGCUUUGGUGACUUUUGACCAAACUUGGAGGUAUAGAAAUGAUGUUCUUCAUGGGACUCUAGUGAGAUCAAUUAACCUGGUGGUAGCUCAAAUUCAGCAUGUUCAUAAUCAACAUUGUCAAGCUUGGAGGAUUUCUCGCUAUGUUCAAAAUAUUAUUCAUCCAAAUUGGGUUCCACCUCCUUUGAAUUGGAUCAAGGUAAAUUUUGAUACAGUUAUGGGUCACAACUUUACUGCUUCAGCUGCCAUUGCUCGAUCUUUAGGUGGGGAUAUCAUUUUUGCUUCAGUUUCAUGUGCCGUCCGGGUAGAUCCAGCUGUUGGUGAGGCUUUGGCUUUGAGAUUGGGUGUCCAACGGGGUGUCUAGAUCUCAGGCUGCAGAAGGUGCAAUUCGAAGGGGAUGCUUUGAUUGUUGUUAAUGCGGUUGCUCAACCGGAUUUGGUCUCUCUUUGGGCUAUUGAAAAUCUAAUAGAAGGGACUUGCAAUCAGCUAGACAAGCUCAAGAGCUGGUCUAUUUCAAAGAUUAGCAGACAUCAAAAUGUCUGGGUGGAUACUUUCCCCAAAUGGGCCGCUACCUUGAGACUUUCAGGUAGCAUUCCCAGUCAUCGGCUUCCAGAGUUGCAAUAUUGGUUGUAUAGUGGGUGUGAUCCCCGGAUCAUUGUUUUGGUCUGGCAUGGUGUGGUUUGUAGUUGCUGUUUCUUGUCUCUUUGUUUGCCAUACAAAAAAAAAGUAUCAAAUGCAUUAUACUCAAGCAUACAUCCGAACAAACAACGAUGAGCUUGUGAAGCAAAAGUUAACUGACAAGCUUGUGAGGGAAGUUAAGGAUUACAAGAAGAUACUCUUUCCACUUCAUAGCAAGGGAUCACAUGCAACUGCAAAUCAUUGGACAUUACUUGUCCUUGACCUUGAAGAGCGAAGUUGGAAACAUUACAAUUCUUAACUUCACAGUAUAUAUUUUAUUAUUUAUGUACCUAAUGUUUUUUUACAUAACAGAUUAGGUACUACAAUUUCGUAUUCCCAUCUGGCAUCUCAUCAAAUACAGAGUCAUCAUUUUCAACAGUUAGGGACACACCCCAACAACCAACAUCAUCCGUUGAUUGUGGCAUCAUUGUCAUGCUCAUAAUGGAGUGCAUAUUCACCAACAAACCAAUCCCGUAGACUUUAAAAGAGAAAGAUAUUCGUAGGUUUGUAGCUCAUGUUGUUCAUUUACUUCUCAAUGACAAAAGCCAUGUAUAGGGAGAUGGUGCCAAAAGGUUGGGUUAGGAAUUAAAAAAAGUGUAAAUAUUUUUUUGGUACUGCAGUUGAAGUAUUAAUUUUGUAAGUCAUUGUG